AUGCAAAUGUUGGGGUCGGUCCCCAGCAAGGUGACAGGCUUCGCGUUCCUCCGCACAGCUACCAACGCCAAGAAGAAGCAGGACGACAUCCGCGCCAAGCAGAAGGAGGAGGCGAAACAACAAGUCUUCGCUCAGGAGGCCAAAAAGCAGGAAGCAACCUUCGAGGUGGAUGAAGAAGCCGCCAAGAAGCAGAAGAUGAGGGAACGCAAAUCUCGAGCAACCAUCACUGGCUUUUCCGAGGAGGAUCAGCAAAAGGUGUUGAUGGGACUUCUCGCAGCAUGUCACCAGUACGACAUGGUCGAGUUGGAGAAAGGACUCGGCGAAGCGAUCGCGCAGGGCAUCGAUCCCUGCGACACCCUCGACCGGGCGCAGGACCUGUUCCAGAAGAUGUCCACUGAGGAAUUCCUGACGGAAAAGAUGCAGGAGCUACAGGCUGAGCUGAAGACGGACAACAGCGCACAGGCCUUGCGAAGCCUUCAGAACAUCAUGAAGCAAGCGAAGAGACUCGGCGUCGCCACGGACGCGGUGCACAGCGCUAAAGAGUCGAUGCAGCAUGGUGUAAGGCUCCGUGCCCGCAAGACCCUGCGCGGCAGCAUCUUCCACCGUGGGGUGGAGAUGGAGGAGAUGGAGUUGGUCGACACUGCCUUCAGCGACAUCUCGGCCUUCGAAGGCUUGAAGAGUGCUCAAGAGUGGCGGGGGCACCAGAAGGCGUCCCUUCUCACAGCCGCGGAGAACAAAGAGCAGACCAUGCUCUGCCACUCCAAGCAAGAGAUCCGGGAUGCCCUCACGAAGGUGGCCAGCAGUGAGGCGCGAGCUGCGGUGUCCAACUUUCGGAGCAUUUUGGGUUGGAUGGGCGACCGGCCACUUCCGGAGUGCCAGCGCAUGGGCUACACCGAGGACAUCAUUGGUGUGGCCCGCAGCAGCCAGAGCCUAGCCGAUGAAGUCUACGUCCAGGUCGUGAAGCAGCUGAGAGACAACCCGUCUCCUCGCUCGGUUCUGUUGGGCUGGAAGCUGCUGCUGCGCCUGUGCCAGCAGGUCCGCCCAAGUGACAAGCUGGAGGAGUUCAUCAGGUCCUUUGCCAUGCACCAGGUGAACAGCAGCAACCACGAGGUCUCGCAGGUGGCAAAGCAAUGUGUGUCUGACCUCAACAUCAAUGUUGCUCCUGACAAGCCGCGUCCGGAGGGUGAUGUGGAGCUCAUCCCUAUCACAGCUGCCCUGGCAUAG